GAGCGAAAAUAAAUAAAUAAAACGUAAAACUCAGCGGAAAGUAAUAAAAUAAGAGCGGACACGUCCCACGAAAACCCGGAGGAGGAAGCCAAAGUGUCAAGCAAGGACACUUCAAAGGACAGAGAACACCGGAGUAGAGAAGCAGCGGAGCAGAGGAGUCGGGAGCAGAUUGUCCAGACCCCGAAGACAGUCAGUAGCGAAUUCCCCGCUGGCGAGCAAUUGAGCAAUUGUGCAAAAUGGAUGCGCUACGCUUCCGUGGUUCACCAUUCGCCCGCUUUACGGGCCAGUCGACCGGACCGGGCCACCCGCGUCCACCGCCACACCCACAGCAUCCGCAGCGCACACAGCCGAUGGGAGCACAUGGCAUCAGUGCACCCGAACCGCUGAUCGUCGUGGAGGAGUCCAACCUGCCGGAGGAGCAGGAGGACAGCUCUGAGCCGACGGUCUCCAAUCGCGGCAGCCUGGACAUCGACUCGCCCGUGAAUCCCUAUCUGCUCUCGCCAUGGCGGGAUCCUCGCGAGGCGCGCAAGCAUUCCCUGCCCUCGCAGCAGGUGACCGACGGCAUCACAGCCAGCCAGGUGCGCCGGCUCUCGGAGCGCGGGGGCGAGGGUUCGGGGCCCACACCCAAGGAGGCCGCCUUUCUGGCCACCCUUUCGCAGGCACCGGCGCCCACCGGACGUCGCCACUCGGUGGUGACCAUCUCCAAGGUGCCCACCACUCUUUUUGGACGCUCGCGACGCGAGUCCGUGGCCGCGUAUCCCAACAGCAAUGGGAGCAGUCGGGUGCUGAAUUCCCGGCGGGAGAGCAACACAGGACCCCCAUCGACAGACCCCAUCGGCAGCAUACACAAUCUGCAGCUGGACAUCAUGGACGACAUCUAUUUGCAGUCGCGCAAGGCGCGCUUGAAGCUCUGGACCUCAUCCAACGAGAAGGUGUGCGAGGUGCAGACCGUCGACGAGGCGGGCUCCGGCCAGCCGGGCCGACGAUUCACCAACCGUCGCUACUCGGAAUGCCCACAGCCAGGAUUGGCCAGCUCCUUUCGCCGCGCCUCCGAGCUGCCGCCGUCGCAGCAGCUGCAGCUGCAGCAGCAGCAGCAGCAGAAUCAGAAUCAGUUGCAGAACUCGACUCGUGCCUCAACGCGUCGCAAGAAGUCGGGCAGUGGAACCGGACUCCUGGGCAGUCGUACGGACAUCGCCGGCAUAUUUAGCUCGUUGACCAGCUCGGCCAUGGAUAUGCACCGGCCGGAACCGGAAGGUCGCGAUGGCAGCUCAAGUGCCAGCUCAUCGGCAACGGCCACCGCCGGUAGCCCGUUUCUCAGCCAGACCUUUCAGGCGGCCGCUCGUGGGCGUGCCACCAGCGCCACGCCCACACCGACGGCCCACAGCGGAUCACUGGCGGUUGGCGGCGGUGGAGGAGGCGGUGGAUCAGGAUCGGGAACCACUGGCGGCCUACUCGAUCCCAAUGCCGGUAGGUCGACGCGCUCCAACAGCUUCGAUGUGUCCCUGCUGAACAACGCCAAGCAACUGGUGAGCGAUGUCCAGGACAAUAGCUCGGCCACCCUGUCCGGUUGGUUUGCCAAGCGGCACACGCCCUUGGCGCGCAAGAAGAGUGUGCGGAGCAAGAGUUCGGCGGUGGCGCUGUCCAAGGAUGUGCUGGAGCGGCUACAGAAGAAGGAUCCACUAGGCGGUGACUCGGGCAAGCCGAAACUGAAGCCACGGAGCAAGCAGAAGACCUGGGCGGAGUCCACCAAGGCGACGGUGGAUGCCACCAUACUGGGCACGGCCAUCGAGGGUUUCCUGCGCAAGAGCUCCAACGCCAGCAUGGGCGGCUCGGGAGCGGGCUCGUCGGGCGGCGGUGCCUCCACAUCGGCAGCGGCACGCGGUGCCACGUCCAAGGCGGCCAAGGAUUCGGGCAGCGCCAGCGGCAGUCCCGCCCGUCGCAGUCGACCCUCCGCCAGCAGCUCGGCCCAAUCGCAGGCCGGCCGGGCAGUCCGCUCCACGCUCAAUUGGUUUGGCAAGGCCGACGAGGACGACUCCAAGGACACGUGCGACGCCUCGCUCUGCGCCACGCUCAAGGACCUCUUCGUCAAAUAGGUCGGGGGGCGCAGAGGCAAGUAAAGCCAUGGGCCAAGUCCCGGCUAGAGCAGCACACCGCCAGCUACUUGCACCUCUGAGAUCCAAAAAUCCUUAUCGAAAUCCGAAAAACAAAACAAACCAAAUCGAUACGAAGUUGAAGUUGAAGUUGAAAGCUUAAACAGCCGAGUGAACAAUAAGCGCAGCAAACAGUAAUCCCCAUUAAAUUCAUCAUAUAACAACACAGCAGCAGAGGCUUAAUGGCAGAUUAAAAGCAUAGCAACGUCUGCCUUUCGUGCGGAAAGGAGAUGCACAUAAUUCACCAAAAUCAAUUAUAUAAUCACAGCACUUACAUAACUCACAAACAAAGUAAUAAUAAUUGAUAGCACAGGCUUCACACAAAACACGUCCAUUCCACAGAAUCAAACACUGAGAACAUUGUGUUGAAAGGCCGACAGUAAGAUACAAGUUACAAGAUACAGUAAGGUGAUUGAGAAAUUAGAACUACAAAGCAAACGGUAUACCUGGAAUUGGAACAAUAAACCAGCAGGAGCUAUCGAUACCUGAAGGAUAAUCAGGUUGGUGUACAACAGCACGUGCACACGAGCAG